UUUGUUUCCGUCCAAUCCGGUAGUACUAGGCGCGUAUCCUGCAGUUUUCUCACAAUCAUGGCUCCACAUGCAGGAGUACUUUAAUAUAACCUUGAUUCAUCAGCGCCUUCGCUUGAGACAACCUGAUAGAGCAACAUGCAGGCUGCUAUGGAUAUUACGGCAAAGUAUUGCCAUAAAGAAAUGGAGGCAUAUGGUUCAUGUGUGGCCUCGAACCCCUCAACAUGGCAGACGAAGUGUCACGAGCUGAAGGUGAAGGUUGCACAGUGCACAUCAUCGCACCCAGUAAUCCAGAAGAUCAGACAGGAUUGUUCCAGGGAGUUUGUAGAUUUUGAACGCUGCCUGAGGGAAAACCCGGACAAACCUACCUCCUGCUCAUCCCACGUGGCUCGCUUCCUGGGCUGUGCGGAGACAGUGGACCUCAGCGGAGUGGAUCCAGUACCUCAGCCAUCGUAGCAGAGGCUGGUUUGAUAUUGGCCCCACUCGAGUUACUGUAAGUUCAAUGUUAGGAUAGAUGGGUUUCUCUAUGUAACUUAUUUUGUCUUUCUUCAACAAAGAUAAAUAAGAAUGCAACUGUUAGACAGGAGUUAUACAGAGGUGUGUAGAAUAUCCAAUUAUUGCCUCAUUUUUCUUGUUCUCAUGUAAACAUGAUCACGUGAAGGUAACAUGCAUAAUUAGCUUCAUACAGGAAGUCUGUUUAUUACAUUUUUUUUUAACCUCAUUAAAAUUGAUACCAGACUUGUAUUACUCAUC